CUUAAGUUGGCGGAUAUUUUCAUACCAUAAAUACAGCACAGAAUAUCAACUGAAAUAAGAACGAUAAGAAGCAAACCUGAAAAACGAAGAAGAAGAGAAGAGAAAGGAGCACACGAAAAAUGAAGGUCCUCAGUCUCAACUUCCUGACCUGCGCCGUCAAGGCCUGCAAGUCCUCAUCCAGCUCAUAUCCCCUCCACCCUCAAGACGCAGAACUGGUGCAGGAUGAAAUCGAGCUCAACCCAGACAUGCUGAUCAACGUGCUGCCACGUCUAGACUGGGCAGCUCUGCGAACGACUUCAUCAGAGCUCGGCUUUCCGCCUCUGCCUGAACAGGCGCCUACGCAGGAUGAGCUGCGGGCUGAUGAGAAGACGUUGAAGGACUUGCACCACUUGUUGCUGGAGACGCAGAUUUCCGAGGGGAAGCUGGUGUGUGCCAACUGCGGUCACUCGUAUGCCGUCAAGGAGGGCAUUGCAAACUUCUUGCUGCCCAGUCAUUUGGUGUAGUUAAGUUACAAGGGAGGAGAUUGUCAUGGGAUGAUAGGAGUACAGGCGUUUGUUUGUUUGGUCAAUAGACAUGGCCAAAAUGGUCGGAUAGAGAAAAAUUAAGAUUUCAUGUCUUCACUAUUAUGCAUUUCCGGUUCACAUCAUCUCUG